AGCGGCUUUCCAAGAAGCUGUUGGAAGAGAGAGAGAGAGAGAGAUGACCCUGACGGGGAAGGGAGAGUGUGGUUCUUGCCUUGAAUAGUAAUUAUAACCAACAAUGAGAAGAAAAGUGGCAGGAAGACUUAGACUUAGUCCUAACGAAGAAGCUCAGCUAUUGAAAGAAGAACAUGAAAGAAGAAGAAAAUUAAGGCUGCAACAGGUCAGGGAACAGGAGCGGAAUAUUGCUUUGCAGAUAAGACAAGAUGUUAAGCAGCGAAGAGAUGAGCACCUGAAGCAGUUGGCUGAAGAACUGGAGGCAGAAUGGCAGAAAACCCAGGAUGAGAAGAUUAAAGCUCUGGAAAAUCUCUACCUGUCAAGUUUAAGAGCUGUAGGAGAAGGGCAUAAAGAAGCAAAGGAAAAUGAGCCUGAUUUGGAGGCACUGGCAAAGCAAGCAGAAGAAAGGAAAGAAGCAGCCAAAAAGAGAUAUAAAGAAGCCCUGAAAAAACAGAAAAGCCAGAAGGAGAAAUCGCUGAGAGAACAAACCAGGCGGGCAAAUGCGCGAAAGCAUGCAUUUGAGGUGGAAAGAGAAAGAGCGACCAGAGUUGCAAGCCUGCCGCCUCCUCCCCCCCACCCUUUUGAAAAUAUUGACCUGAAGGACGUACCUGCAGUGAAAAUUAGUGAUGUUGAUCAUUUUUCGAUUAGUCGACACCAUAUCUUUGACCCACAUGUGGACAGAGAAAUGAGCACAGAACAGCCAGAUGCUCGGUUACUCGCUAAAGAGGAAGCCAAACAAAAGGAAGAGCUGCAAAAUGACAAAGAAAGAGAAAGGAGAGAGCAGCUGGAAAAGGCGUAUUUGAGAGGAAAACACGCCUUGAAGAUGGUUCGACUGGCAAGGGACAAGGAAAAGUUAAUGAAAGAGCUUGAACAGAUGCAAAACGUUGACCUGGCCCACAGAAGGCGGAUUGUUUCCCAGAUGCCCCCGCAGCUGUUUGAACCCAGCUAUAGGCGUGUGGAAAUCAAAGAAGAAUGGCAGAGGGAGCUGGAGUGUGCCUUCGAAGACAUGUAUACUGGAAAUAUGAAAAUGAAGGGAGAUCUUAUUUUGCACCUUGAUCCACAGCCUUUGCCAGCUCUCUCCGAGGCAUCUCAGGAUGAUGAACUAGAACUUUCCCAGGAACCAGAACCUGUGUGUGAAUUGUCUCCAAAGUUGGCAAAUGAGAUAGAAAACGACGAGCCAAGCGGUAGUGAAGUGGACAAGACAUGCCAGCCUUCGGCAAAACUAGCUCUUAAAAAAUUGCUAAACAAGAUACGGAACCAAAAAGACAAUUGGACAUCAAGAUGUGAGUCAGAGGCUCAAAGUGACAUUGGGACCAUUGAGUCAGGGACCAUUUCUAAUGAAGGAGAAAAAGCGGAUGGACUAGCAUCUAUGCCUGAACCUGAAUCAAAGCAGGAUCCUACUGCUAAACCUUCUGAAGAGCUUCCAGAAAUACUGGACCAUGCCAUUGUUGCUGAAAAUGAACUUAUAAAACAAGCGCAAGAGCAAACCACUAAAAUUAGAAAGGAGUUAGAAAGAUUCACACAGACUGCUCAGCAACAACUGCAGCAAACAACAGAGCGAAAAAUACAACCAGAAGGUGAUUUUCUGAAGGCCAAAGUGCAAGAGCAGGAUGCUAAAACAGAGCAAGAAUGUCAGACAGAACAAAAUGUUUUCGAUUCUGUUGCGCAUCAGAAACAGGAAGCAGAAUACAAGACUGACGUUGCCCUGGAGCCACAGGUAUCCUGGUUUCCCAAAGAGGAUGACCAUCUAAAGAGGAUUCAUGAUUGUCAGCAACGUCUAUUGGUGCAAAACAGGAUGCAUCAAGAAUCGGUGGACGAAGCCAGAAGAAAAUUAGAAGAAUAUCAGAAUAAACUGCAACAGAGAUUUCAGUCGGUUUCCAGGGCGCUGUUAAAUCCCGUAGACAGACUUGCACACCUGAAUUCUCUCCCUGCUCCGUUGUCACAAGCACAGGAGUUGCAUCAACCGGAGAGAAUGAAAGCAACGGCUUACAAGCCACCUGAGACAGUUUCCGUUCAAGAACUAGCACCAUCGUGGCCGACAAAUGAGGAGCAGGGGCAAGCCCAGCCCACGGUUGAUUCCGAAAAGCAAAUGCAGGCAAAUCAAAGAUGUUUUCAUUUGGCGCAAGGAUCCUCUUCACCUCAAGAGAAAGAUAAACCGGAUGUAUUGGGAACAAGUGUGGCACAUUCACUGGAAUUUCACAAGAUGUCUGGAUCGUUAUCGCCAAGACCUGAGGCUACCUCGGCUAUCACCCAACCUGUUGCUUGUAUUCCAAAUGCCCGAUUCGUUUUACCUGCAGGUGAUGCUCCGGGGCCUUCAGAAACCCUCUUGUCCAAAACUCUUAUGCCUGACAAACCUCCAGCUGAAAAGCUUCUUUUGCCAACCUUCUUAAAGCACCAAGAUAUUCCCGGGGAGAGCAGGAUAAACACAGUUUCUAACCAGAGCCGCCAUCUUCCUUUGCAUUCGACUUCUUCCUCGCCGCCUCCCAUAAUGGCUCAGAUCAAGGGCCUCCAGGAGUCCUCCUCGGCAUCGAAAAAGGGACGUGACGUUUUGUCCAGUUGUUCUGAUAUAGUAGAGCUAAGAGACCACCUGCUGGCUUCCUCCGAGAGCAUUGAAGUUCAGCAGGAGCACCUGAAACAUCUGCAGGAACAGCUGGAUGAGCAACGGGAAACCCUUCUGUUUCGCCAGAAAAUACAAGAGGACGUGCUGCUCCAGAGGCAUGCCCAGCUGAAAGAAAAAAUGGAGCAACAGCAAGAAGCGUUAAGAGACAUUAUUAAACGGGUUUCGCAGUUAAGACCAUGCAGCGAUGUGACAGAGGCAAAACCCGACAGCCUCAGUUUGCUGAGCGUCCUCCUUAACGAAGCAGAAGAUGGCAACCCAAAGCAGGUUCACUUCGAUGAUAUGAACAGCCAGGCGGAAAGUGAUUCUUUGUUUCAAGAAGUGAAUUCAGUGGAACAAACGGGGCCAUUUCAGAGCAUGUGGUCUAGAGAAGAGAAACAGAGACUUUCAAAACCACCUUUGGUCAAAGUAAAACCAGGACUCAAUUUGGAGCAGCAUGAACUCAGUGCUAUACAAGAACUUGACACACCAAGGAGCGACAGAUUUUCCACUGCAGAAAUUUCAGGAUACAAAGAGCAUCUUACUGGAGAUACGUUCCUCACUCCCCAAAUUGAUAAACUACGGCCUGGUAAAAGCCCAAUUGAGUCUUUACAGGAAGAAAUAGAUCUGCUGAGAACUAUUUCUAUGGCUGAUGAUAAAGAAUUAGAUUCUGGCCAAAGCCCAGAGAGUGUACAAGGAUCAUGCCACGAUGAAUCGAUGUGGAAGGCUAAUGCUUUGUAUGACUCAGUCCACUCCAAAGAAUUUAUUUCUAUAGAUCGAAAUUUAUCAAAUUAUUCUGCUGAUAAUGGAAGAAGAGUUACAUCUCCUGAUCCAUCGUUGAGGCCAAACAGCCAAGUAAUACUUUCAAAUGCGUGGUCUCCGAGUUUGUUAACUCCAACAACUUGUACACAGCAGGUAGCCCCUGGCUAUUUUUCUUCAGUGACUCCUUCUGCGGCCAACUUUAUAAAAAAUUACAACGCAGAUAAUAGUCUUGCUGGUAAAGAUUCCUGUGCAGCCAAGGAACAGAUCAGCCAUUUCAGCUUUCCAGCAAAGGAGAGCUCAAGCGCUCCUUCAUUUCUACAAAAAUCUGAUGACUCCUCAAAGCAUCCCAGUUCUCGCCUCUCUUUUGAAGAAAUGGAGUACGAUGGAAGCAAAAUCCAGCAAAUAAUAAACAAAUACAGAAAGGAUUUCAGCUGGUCAUCACUGAGUAAUGUAUCUUCUGGCCAUGAUCCAGCAGUUGGACUCGAUGCUACUGAUAUUGAAAGAAAUUUUCCAAAUUUCCACCGUGAACUUUUUCAGCCUUUGAAACCGAGUUCUGACUUUGAUCUCUCCUCAACUCUUUCUCAGUGCAGAAUAUCUCAUGGCAGCAAAGACUUAAGCAAGGUUUCAGAUUUAUCUAAGAGUCAAGAUUUAACAUCUUCUACCAUAGAAGAGGGAAGGAACAGUACUUUAUUCCUUAGCAGAGGAAACCUAAGCAAUUCUCAGCUAAAGGAACAGAGUGAUGAAAGGAUAAAUCAGCUAAGACAAGCUGUUCAACUCGUUGCUGAAGAAUUGUCUGAAUCGCUGUCCCUGGAAAGUAACUUGCACAAUAGUUUUGGUAGAUCCGGAGCCUUUAGUUUCAACCCUGAAGAAAACCUUGAGCUAAACAGGGACUGCGUUGAGGACCCUGAGACACCUGAGACUGGAUCACGCGAGGACCUGCAGGAUGACAGCGACUUUCGUUAUUUCUGUUCGUCCGUUGAAAAUUUUCGCAGCCUUACUCCGGUUGAAGAUCAGACCUCCACGUACGAGAUCAUUCCGAGUUUUGGCCCAAAGAAAAGUACUCACGAGAGGACAGAAUCGGCAAAAGAGGACAGGAGCUCAACGACAGAGAGCCUCUGCUUCGUUGAACUAGCCACAAUGUCGUUCAACAAAACCAAUGAAACGGGGACCAGGAACAGAUUGAUAGAAACUGACGUUGCACAAUAUGCUUUAAAUUCCAUGCAAGAGCAGAGUUUUCCAAAAGCAAAAGUUCUUCUGGGUUGGCCUCAAGAAAUGAACUCUGGCAGUCCCUUUCAGAAUUCUGCUGAGGAAAAUAUCAGUCAACCCGCCAUGUUUCCACAACUAAAUAUGGAUGCCAUCCAGGCUAAAAGCUCAGAUUCCCGUUUGUCACAGUACAGCGUCCCUGUUUGGGAGACCCUUACAGGAAGAGGCAUCAUGGAAGAACCGGACCUGACACUAGUAAGCUCUAAUGACAUCAGCACUGCAGAAUCAGAGCUUGUACCCGGUGAUCAUUUGGAAGUUAAGGACCGUCCCCAGAGCAGAGGAUUUUUCCCAUUGAACCCAGAAAUGGAUGAAUUUCUCACUCAGCUGGAUUACCCACCAGUAACUCCAAGCCCCCAAAAUGAUCCAGAUAUAAACUACCAGCCAAGAGGUGUUAUAUUGUCAGAGCUUGCACCUGUCCACGGCAGCCUGCAAGAAUCGUUUUUGAAGCAGAAGAAAGAUUUCAUUGAGAGAUCUUUGAAAAGGGUGGAGAAAGUAAAAAACCGGGAGCAGAGCUCUGAAAAGACCCAGUCUAAGGAAUUACCACUGAAAAAACCACAACUCUAUAAACGAAAAGUAAACCAGGCACCUCUUGGGGCAGCUGUCAAUCUUUUGAAGAAAGGGGAAGAAAAAAAGUGCCUUUCACUUGACAGGAAAGUGGCCGCGGCCCAAAUGCAGCAACGGACUUCAAGACUGUAUAAUAAUCUGGCGGAAGUGAAAAACAGAAAGGAAGAGAAAGACAGAAAAGAAAAUUACGCCAAAAACAGGGAAAGAGCAAAAGAAUUUCAAAAGAAAACAUUGGAAAAACUACGAGCCAGAAAAAUCAAUUUGAAAACCUAGUAUUUUACUGACGUCCCACCAAUGGAGGAUAAUUUAUCAGCAUUAUAUUUGAGGUCUCCGCAAUAAAUUAAAUUAUGUGGCAGAAUUUUGAGAUAAUUUACAUUUGGUAUGGAUAUAUUUGCAAAAUGCCCAAUGCUGUGUAUAGACCAUUGUUGUCUCCAAUUAUGGCUUUUCAACUCAAAAGAUUUUUAUUUUCAAAUGUCACGAGUUUGCUUUUUGUACUAUUUUACCUAUUUAUAAUAAAAUAUUUGAAAAAAUGUA